AUGAAUCCAGGCGAGAGCCGUGCCAUCCAUCCGGACGGCGAGCUAUUCCUCAACAACACAAACACAACCACUUCCUCCUCCGGCAGGCCGGACAGACAAAUUGAGCCGCUACGCAUCAAUAAACGGGACUCGGCCAGUCCCCAGUCUGCCUCAAGCCCACCUAACAUCCCCCUUCCCUACCCCGAUGACCGGCCCCGUCCGCAACUGCGCUCGUCGAGCUCACACGAUGCCCGUCCUACGGAUGGCUUGCGAUACAACUCGCCGCCCCCGGCCAGCGCGGGUUCAGGGUCUGGCUCAGUAAGCCCCGCAGAUUACCCGUCUGCACUGCGUCCCCGCGAUGGCCGCGAGCCCCGCGUCGCAACUCUAGCUGAGCGUCGCGGCGCAGCGCCCAAGCCGCUCCCCGAAUCCCCAGGUCCCGAUGCACCAGAUGCUGCUGCCCUCGCAGCAAGGCCAUACCCCCGGCCACCGACAGCCUCGGCACCCGUCGAGACCGGCGAGCAGCAAUACGACUAUCGCCAGCAGUACUACCCACCACCGGUCAGCGCAUCGUCCAGACCAGGCUCGAAUCUAGCCCCGCCCUCCUCGUCUUCAGGGAUUAAUCGCAUCAGCUCAACGGCAUCGACAUCGACGACCCGUGCCCAGCGCGGAUCACCCCCGCCUCCGGAGACGCCUAUCGUGGGUCCUGGCCAGCAACCGGGCUCUGAUAUUGAGGCCCGGUAUGCGGCGGCGGGGAUUGCGGGGACGGGAACGCUGGCUGGAUUGCAGUCGCAGAGCUCGGCCGCGGCGCAGAGACGUGCUGAGCAGUAUGUUGGGCAGCAGCCGACUUUUAGUCAGCAGGACUCGCAGAGGCCGUGGACGCCGACUGAGUUGCCGGGUUCGCAGCCUCAUGGGCCGCCGACGGUGUAUCAAGGUGCUGAGGUAGUUAGUCCCGGGCAGGGUGUGGCCCAGGUGCAACAACCGGGUCAGUAUGGUAGUCCGCCGCAUCAGCAUCCGGGGCAGUAUGGAACUCCUACACCCCAACAUCCGGGGCAGUACAGCAGUCCUCCGCCGCAGCAUCCUAGUCAGUACGGAGGUCCUACGCCGCAGCAUCCCAGUCAGUAUGGCAGUCCUCCGCCACAGGCCCAGCAGUCGCAGCUGGCUCCGCUGGACCAGUCAUCGAGGAUCCCUGCGAAUGCGCUGGAGCACGAUAUUGAUCGCAUGCGCAUCAGUGAUGAGCCUCCUCCUGCUUAUUCGAGUGUUUCUGGCGCGGGUGCUGCUAACGGGUACCCGAAUGAGAAGCCGGGUGUUGCCGCGGUGGGUGUUGCUGCGGGUACGGCGGCUGGAGCAGCUGCUGGUGCUAUCGCUGGGCAUCCUGCUAUUGUCAACCAAGGUCAUCCAGCUAUAACCUCUGCGCCCUCGCCUGCACCGACUGCUUCAACGGAGGGCCAUCCUGCCUUUGCGAAUGAUCUACGGCAACAGUCUGGCGCGGGCCAGUCGCCUCAGAGCGCCGUUGCUAAUGGCCAACCUCAGUAUCCGCAGCAGCAGCAAGCACAGCAACCUGUUCAGCAACAAGCAUCGUACCCGGCACAGGUUGCCUCUCCAGGACCCUCCGGCCCCCCACCGGCCUCUCCUCCACCUUUGCCAGAGGGUUGGAUUGCGCACCUCGAUCCUAACUCCGGCCAGUACUAUUAUAUCCAUCUGCCCACGCAAUCUACACAGUGGGAGUUCCCGAAGGGUCCCACGCCUUUGAACCUGAACGAAACGCCCCUCUCUCCCGUUGGAAGUGUGUACAGCAGCCAUCCUCUGACAUCCCCGGGCUUGUCAGCUUUCGGCAAGCCUCUAGCCUCUCCCGGUGUUCCCCUGACCCCAGGCUUUGAGAGCCUGCAAUCACCGAUGGCGGGAUUCACAGGCCCUCCACCGAGCAGUGGUAUGGACAUCUACAAAACCGCCCCAACCAACGGCGUCUACUUUGGCCCGUAUCUGCGAUACACGAACAUGGAUCUCGAGCGCGGUCUUUGGCUUGGAUCCAUUCUCCUCGUUACCGACGCCGCCCAACCGCCUACAAUCCACCUGCAUCAAAGCGUGGACCUCUCCCCGAACCCGCGACAGCUCAAGGCCAUCAAUAUCGCCGCACACCAGCGAUGGACCUUCUACAAGUACGAAAUCGAUCUGCAAAUGGACGAUGCCGGUCCCGCAAAGUGGACCUACGCCAUCACCUCCCAUCUCGGCUGUACACGGUACGAGUUCCUCGUCGCAGGCCGACACGAGACGAACUGGCGAUUCAUCGCAACAUCCGGCAACGAUUUCUCGCUCAAUGUGAACGCGAACGAGCGCGCGCGUCUCGGCGGCGUUGGCUUCAUGUGGAAGGAUAUCAUGCAGAAGCACAAUGAGAUUGGCGGUUUCCAUACACAGUUGUGUCUUGGUGGCCAGAUCUAUGCUGAUCGUAUGUGGAAGGAGAUUCCGUGUUUGAAGCAGUGGCUUGCGAUUAGUGGGAAGGAGGCGAGGAAAAAUGCGCCGUGGACGGCGGCUAAUCAGCAGGAUGUCUCGCAUGCGUAUUUCCAUUAUUAUACGAGUCAUUUUGAUCAGCCGUAUCUGAGGGAGAGUUUUGCGCAGAUUCCUUAUAUCUGCCAGAUUGAUGAUCAUGAUAUCUUCGAUGGCUUCGGCUCGUAUCCCGAGCAUAUGCAGUUCUCGAAUAUGUUCAAGAACAUUGGCCGCAUCGGUAUCGAGAUGUAUCUCCUUUUCCAGCACCACACAACUCUCGACAUCCUCCGCAAUGUCAACAACGACACUGAUCUCUUCACCAUCACCGGCACUGGCUGGCACUUUGUCAAGUACCUCGGUCCCGGCGUCGUUGUCGUCGGACCAGACUGUCGCUCCGAGCGUAAUCCACACCAGGUCAUGGCCGGUCCCACGUACCAGGGUCUCUUCCCCAAGGUUGCCAUGUUACCUCCGAGUGUACAGCAUUGUCUGUGGAUGGUCUCUAUGCCUUUGAUCUACCCCCGUCUGGAGACGGCCGAGCAUAUCGCGCAGACUGUUGCUACAGGCAAGCGAGCCGUUACCGGCGCGUAUAACGUGUUGGGUAAGGUGACCAGCUCGGUUGCUGGCGUCGUUGGUGCGAAGGAGUUUGUUGGCUCGGGCUUUGACUCUGUCAAGCGUGCUGUUGGCAAGUCAGGUCUUAUGGGUGGUAUUUUGAGUCCAUUUGGCGAGUUCGAUCUCAUGGAUGAAUUGCGUGAUCAAUGGACGCAUGAGUCCAAGGACCUCGAACGCACCUACCUAAUCCGCACCCUCCAAGGAAUCGCCCACCAAAAAUCCCUCCGAAUGACCUUCCUCUCCGGCGCCGUCAACGUCUGCGGCGCCGGCCUAGUCCACGACCCCUCCCAACCAACCGACCACAAAACAAUGUACCAACUCAUCGCCUCGCCAGUCGUAAACACCCCACCCCCCUCCUACGUCGUCAAACUCCUCCACAGCAACUCCAAACCCCUCUACGUCCCCGCCAACGGCCACCGCUCCUCGUCCACACCCACCGAUACAAAGGAGGACAUGAUGGAGAUUUUCCAGACGGAUGUGAACGGCCAGCCGCGUGAGCAUAAGAAACUUAUGGCGAGGAGGAAUUAUGUUGCGAUCGUUGCGUAUGAUCCGGAUGUGGUUUCUACGCCGGCUUUUGGGAUGCAGAUGCAUCAGCAGGCUUUUAGUGCGGUUAAGGCGAAGUUGAGUCUGGCCGCGGACUUUAUGGUGCAGGGGGACGGGGCUUAUGCUAAUGUUGUUAAGUUUGGACCGGUUAUUGUGCCGUGUUUGGAGGAGGGGAAGUAA